AUGAGGUCUCCCGUUUCCGACACAUCAUUCAGGGAUUACGACUGUCAGUCUUCAAACACCAUCACCAUCUGGAAUCCCGGCUGCUCCGAUCUGACAUCUGCCGGAUGUAAAGACGGUAUUGGCAGCUUCAUGGUGAAACAAAUCGCCGGUCCCAACUGUCUGUGGGACUAUGGUCCCCCACGGCUCCCAAGCAUCAAUUGCCGUGUCUGCUGCAACGGCUGCAACCGGAGCGGUACUGGUUGCUGUCCCGCUGGUAUGUUCUGUUGA